CGCCAUGGUUUCCCCUAUCAACCUUCAGCCUUGGCAUUUGAUCCUGUUCAGAAAAUACUGGCCAUUGGGACUCAGACUGGAGCACUAAGGCUUUUUGGUCGGCCAGGAGUUGAAUGCUACUGCCAACAUGACAGUGGAGCUGCAGUAAUCCAGCUUCAGUUCCUGAUUAAUGAGGGAGCUCUUGUGAGUGGCUUGGCUGAUGAUACGUUACAUCUGUGGAACUUGCGUCAGAAGAGACCUGCUAUUCUUCAUUCACUUAAAUUUAACCGAGAACGGAUAACAUUUUGUCAUCUGCCUUUCCAAAGUAAAUGGCUCUAUGUGGGCACCGAAAGAGGAAACAUUCACAUUGUCAAUGUGGAAUCAUUUACUCUCUCAGGCUAUGUCAUCAUGUGGAAUAAAGCCAUCGAACUGUCACCUAAAUCUCACCCAGGACCUAUUGUCCACAUUAGUGACAAUCCAAUGGAUGAAGGAAAGCUUCUGAUUGGCUUUGAGUCUGGAACAGUGGUAUUAUGGGAUCUGAAGUCAAAGAAGGCAGAUUACAGAUACACACAUGAUGAGGCUAUCCACUCUGUGGCUUGGCAUCAUGAAGGAAAACAAUUUAUUUGUAGUCACUCAGAUGGUACUUUGACCAUAUGGAAUGUAAAAUCUCCUACCAAACCAUUCCAGACAAUCACUCCACACGGAAAGCAGCUGAAGGAUGGAAAGAAGCCAGAACCCUGCAAACCUAUUCUUAAGGUGGAAUAUAAAACUACUAGAGCUGGGGAGCCUUUCAUCAUUCUCUCAGGAGGCUUGUCAUAUGACACUGUAGGAAGAAGACCCUGUUUAACAGUUAUGCAUGGGAAAAGUACUGCUGUGCUAGAAAUGGAUUAUUCUAUUGUUGAUUUUCUAACCCUUUGUGAAACACCAUAUCCUAAUGACUUUCAGGAACCAUACGCUGUAGUUGUUCUCCUAGAAAAGGACUUAGUACUGAUUGACCUUGCACAAAACGGGUACCCUAUAUUUGAGAAUCCCUAUCCUUUGACUAUACACGAAUCACCGGUUACAUGUUGUGAAUAUUUUGCUGAUUGUCCUGUGGACCUCAUACCUGCACUCUAUUCAGUUGGCGCCCGACAGAAACGUCAAGGUUACAGUAAGAAGGAAUGGCCUAUCAGUGGAGGCAACUGGGGUUUGAUCACUCAGAGCUAUCCAGAGAUAAUUAUUACAGGGCAUGCUGAUGGGUCAAUCAAGUUUUGGGAUGCCUCAGCAAUAACGCUGCAAGUACUCUAUAAGCUAAAAACAGCCAAAGUUUUUGAAAAAUCACGGAAUAAAGAUGACAGGCCAAACACAGAUAUAGUAGAUGAAGAUCCAUAUGCUAUUCAGAUCAUCUCAUGGUGUCCAGAAAGCAGAAUGCUGUGCAUAGCUGGAGUUUCUGCACAUGUCAUUAUUUACAGGUUCAGCAAGCAGGAAGUGACAACAGAAGUCAUUCCGAUGCUGGAAGUACGUCUGUUAUAUGAAAUAAAUGAUGUUGAAUCUCCAGAUGGUGAGCAGCUGCCACCUUUACCAACUCCAGGCACAGGUUCCAAUCCUCAAUCCAUUGUUCCCCAGUCUCAUCCAUCUACUAGUAGCAGUUCAUCUGAUGGACUUCGUGAUAACGUCCCAUGUUUAAAAGUUAAAAAUUCUCCUCUCAAGCAGUCUCCAGGCUACCAAAUUGAGCUAGUUAUCCAGUUAGUGUGGGUGAGUGGAGAACCUCCUCAACAGAUAACCAGCUUAGCAGUCAACUCAGCGUAUGGCCUAGUAGUUUUUGGAAACUGUAAUGGUAUUGCCAUGGUUGAUUACCUUCAGAAGACAGUGCUCUUGAAUCUAGGCACUAUUGAACUGUAUGGCUCCAAUGAUCCUUAUCGCAGGGAGCCACGAUCUCCCCGAAAAACUCGGCAACCAUCUGGAGGUCUUUGUGAUAUCAAUGAAGGUACAGUGGUGCCAGAAGACCGCUGCAAAUCCCCCACUUCAGGUUCUGGUUCACCAAACAAUUCUGAUGAUGAUCAAAAAAUGAAUAAUUUUAUAGAAAAGGUGAAGACCAAAAGCAGAAAGUUUUCCAAGAUGGUAGCCAAUGACAUAGCAAAGAUGUCCAGGAAGCUAAGUUUGCCAACAGAGUUAAAGCCUGAUUUAGAUGUCAAAGACAACUCUUUCAGUCGGUCCCGGAGUUCUAGUGUAACUAGCAUUGAUAAAGAGUCACGCGAGGCAAUUUCAGCUCUUCAUUUUUGUGAGACUUACACAAGAAAGGCUGAUACAUCACCUUCCCCAUGCCUGUGGGUUGGGACCACACUGGGUACAGUGCUUGUCAUUGUACUGAACUUACCCCCAGGAGGAGAACAAAGACUUCUUCAGCCAGUAAUUGUUUCUCCUAGUGGAACCAUCCUGAGGCUAAAAGGGGCAAUCUUGAGAAUGGCUUUUCUGGAUACCACAGGAUCCUUGGUCCCACCAGCACAUGAACCCUGGAGGGAACACAAUGUUCCUGAAGAUAAAGAUGAAAAAGAUAAAUCAAAAAAGCGACGACCUGUCUCAGUGUCCCCCUCUUCCUCUCAGGAAAUCAGUGAAAACCAAUAUGCAGUGAUAUGUUCAGAAAAGCAAGCAAAAGUUAUCUCACUGCCAUCCCAGAACUGUAUUUAUAAGCAAAACAUAACAGAGACUUCUUUUGUUCUUCGUGGAGAUGUAGUGUCGUUGAGUAACAGUAUCUGCCUUGCAUGUUUCUGUGCCAAUGGACAUAUUAUGACUUUUAG